AUGCGCUUCAACCUCGUUGUCGCCAGCCUUCUCGGUGUCGCCAGUGGAUCGCCCACACUGGGCGGUCUCCGGGCCUCAAAAACCGAAAAUCACCUCGUAGCUCGUCAGAGUCGACCAACGAGCUAUCCUGCGAACACCAUCGAUCAACCGAUCGAUCAUUUUCCCGAUAGCCCUCGUUAUGCGCCUCACACGAAUGAUACCUUCAAGCAGCGCUACUUCUUCGAUGAUACUUACUACAAAACUGGUGGACCUGUCUUCCUUUACAUCGGGGGCGAGACGUCUGGCGAGAGUCGAUUCAGUAAUCUGGAGACCGGCAUCAUUCAGAUUCUAAUGCAGGCAUUCAAUGGCCUGGGUGUCAUCCUAGAGAACCGCUACUAUGGCCAGAGCUUGCCGUUUGGCAAUUCAAGCACAACUGACGACUUGGCCUACUUGUCAAAUGAGCAGACGAUUGCUGAUAAUGCCUACUUCGCCCAGCAUGCCACGUUUCCAGGCGUUCCUGGUAAUCUCACUGCACCUGGCACGCCUUGGAUCCUCUAUGGAGGUAGCUUAGCGGGUGCGGAAACUGCAUUUUCGGUUGUUACGUACGGCGGUACAGGAGAGAAGAUUCUGUAUGGCGGCAUUGGAUCCAGUGGCGUUAUCCACGCAGUCUAUGCAUAUCCCGAGUGGUAUGAUCCGAUCCAGAAAUUCGGACCUCAGGACUGCAUUGCAAGGAUCAACAACAUCGUGGACAAAGUCGACAUGCUUGUCGAGGCCAACAAUACCGCUGCCGUUGGCCAGCUCAAGCAGCUCUUCGGUCUGCAAGAUCUUGAGGAUAUCCGUGACUUUGUGUACACGAUCGCCCUACCAGUAGGCGGACCUAUGAAUUACCCACUCGGAACUUGGCAGGAGCUGAAUUGGAACGAGACUGUCUCUGACCCUCAUUUCUGGUGGUUUUGCGGGAAUGUCACAAAUGAUGACGCGCCGAAAAAUAUCACACAAAAUGAUUCCGCUCUGGCAAACUACACAAACGGCGAAUCAUGGCCUGGCUUGGGCGGGUACGCCAACUACUUUCAGCAGAACUAUCUCCCACUUUGCCUAAGCGGCAACUAUGGAUCCUCAGACGAUGGCUGCUUUGGAGUUUCCAAUGAAUCAUCCUUGGCUAACACCACGACCACAACAGCGCGAGCGUACCUUUACUCAACGUGUACCGAGCUGGGAGCAUACCAAGCUGCCCAGCCUUUGGGACGGCCGUCUCUCCUGUCAAGACAAAUACAACCUGACUAUACCCAACGCUGGUGCAACUGGGCCUUCCCUCCAGGGCGGUACAACUCCAUCGACCCCAACGGCCCCAACCUCACCUAUUACGACAGCUAUGGUGACCUGAACAUCACGGCCAUGAAUCUUGCCCUGAUUGAUGGAAGUGCAGAUGUCUGGAAUGGUGUAGAUUACCAUUCGCCUGAUGCCGGCAAUCGCUACCCGUCGGUAAACCCUAGCGGAAUUAACGAAUACUUCAUCAACGGUGCGGGACAUCAUUGGGAUAGCUAUGGCAUUCUAGAUGUCGAAGCUGAGCCGGACAUGAUCCGCGAGGCCCAUCUUUGGGAGAUCCGUACCGUGGGCAAGUGGCUCGACGCGUGGACUGUGAGUUAA